CUGGAUGAAGAGCACUGGGGAAAGCACUUUGCAGACUGCGCGGGCAAGCGCCAAUCUCCGAUUGACAUCCAGAGGAAAAAAGUGAGGUACAACCCCCAGUUACUGCAGCUGGAGCUGAGUGGUUACGAUGGGCCUUUGCAAGGGGACUUCACGAUGACCAACAAUGGUCACUCUGUUCAGAUCGAUUUGCCCCCCACCAUGCACAUCUCCAGGGGGCUCCCAGGCCUCUACACAGCCGUACAGAUGCAUCUGCACUGGGGUGGCCUGGACCUGGAGACCAGCGGCUCCGAACACACCAUAGAUGGGAUGAGAUACUUCGCAGAGCUGCACAUUGUCCACUACAACUCAGCUGACUACUCCAGCUUUGAAGAAGCCAAAGACAAACCAAAUGGCCUGGCUGUGCUCGCCUUCCUGUAUGUGGAUGGGCACUUCGAGAAUACCUACUACAGCGAGUUCAUUUCCAAACUGGCAAAAAUCAGGUUUGCAGGUCAAUCAACAAGGCUCGUUUCUCUGGAUGUCCAAGCCAUGCUGCCAGAAGACCUCUCACACUUCUACAGGUACCAGGGCUCACUGACCACCCCGCCUUGCUCUGAGAGUGUCAUCUGGACCAUCUUUCAUUCUCCCAUUGUCCUGUCCCACACACAGAUCAACCUCCUGGAGAACACCUUGCUGGACUGGCAAAACAGGACGCUCCGCAACGACUACCGGCACGCUCAGCCCCUCAACGGGCGGGUGGUGGAGUCCUCCUUCCCACCAAAACCCACCCCAGAACAGUGCCAUCCAGAAGAAUUCAGCCUCAGACUGGAACAAAUCCAGAUGCAGCUCCAAGACAUGAAGAGAGACGCAGAAGGAAGUGUAACAGCUGGCUUUUUGGUUAUUUCAGGUAUUAAAUCCAGCACUUUUCCAGCUUUCUACUUCCCUGUGGAAAACAUUGAGAGUUUUGUGGAGGUUCAUCCCCUCCAUGAUAUGUCUCUCCAAGCCUUCACCUUAUGUUUCUGGACAAAAACCCAGCACUCUGGCAGUCAGACUGUUCUUUCCUACUCCACGCAGGAGAGGGAUAAUGAGCUGGUGGUGACUGUGGGCACAGACGUGGGACUGUGGAUAGGAGGCCAUUUCAUCAGCUUCCCCCUGUACCACAAGGCACAAGAUUGGCUGCACUACUGCGUGGCAUGGGCCUCCCAGUCUGGAAUGGUGAAUUUAUGGCUCAACGGAGCAGCUGGUAAAGCAAAGAGUAUCCAAAAGGGGUAUGUGAGCCAGGCUGGAGGGACGCUUGUCCUUGGGAAAGACAGAGACACUCUUCUUGGGACAUUCUCCAAUGGUUUUGCAGGAUGGAUGACUCGGGUGAACCUGUGGAGCCAAGUUCUCAGUCCUGCAGAUGUUCGGGCACUCGCACUGUGCAAACCAGGGCAACUGAAGGGAGAUAUCAUAGCAUGGGGAGAAACCUCCAUGACCCUCUUGGGAGGGGUGGUUCUGGAGUCUGACAGCAGCUGCCAGUGACCUCAACUUUUUUUAUUAUUUUUUAAUUUUUUUUUUAAUUAUUAUUAUUUUUUUUAAGGCAGCAGAAGAAUCCAAACUGCUCGUUGGGGAAGCUGGGGAAAACUUAGAUUCUUUGCUUGUUCCCUUCUGAGCAUAGAAACUGCUUUUUUUUCC